AUGGUAAAUGUAACACUUUCGAAUAAUGAAACGCGUCAGUAUCCUUACGUCUGGCUAUAUGAUAAUUGUCAGUGUGAUAUUUGCAGGAACCACACCUUUUCCAUUCGAGCAAGUUGUUUUACAACCUUUAACGUUGAUGUCAAACCUCAGCAUGUCCAGAAAAUGGAUGAAGGUUUGGAAGUGAGUUGGGGUGAUGGGCACUCAGCUUUCUUUCCAGAGAAAUGGAUUGUUUCGCGUACGUUUCCCUCAACGGUCAGUAACGAGGUCUUACCAUGGAGAGCGGUGGUCAAGUACUGGGGCAAUGAAAUGCAGAAUAGGGUGCCGACAUUCAAGUACAAUAGUCUUAUUGAGAGUAAUCAAGCCUUGAAUCAGUGGCUUGAGGCAAUAAAGGUUCACGGUAUUGCUCUUAUUCCGGAUGCUGGUUCAGACAUAGAAAAUCUCGAAAAAUUAGCAAUGAGAGUCAGUUAUCCGGUUCCAAGUAACUUUGGACAUUAUUUUGAAGUCCCCCAUUUUAGAGAGCCAGGUGAUGAACCGUGGGAAGCAGCAGCAUUGCCUCUUCAUACAGAUCAAGCGUUCGAACGAGUCCCUGAGAUCGUUAUGUUGCACAUGGUGAGGCAAGGAGGUGGUGGUGGAAGCCAUGAGUUUGUCGAUGGCUUUAAUGCAGCUAGCCAAUUACGAGAACAAGACCCAGAAGCCUUUCACAUUCUGGCCACUACGAAUGUUGCGUCAACAUACCUAGUUCCUGAAAAUCCAUCUUUCUAUCGAAGUUUCUGUCCAGUUAUUAGCGUAGAUGAUGACAACCAGAUUGUGACUGUUCGUUUUAGCAACCAUCACCGUGACUCGGAAUUACCACUGCCAGCUGAUAAAGUGAAAGCAUUCUACAAAGCUCUGAAAAACUUUCAUGAGCUACUAAGCCAUCCAAAGAAUUUGAUGAAAAGGAAGACGACUUCAGAUGAUGACAACCAGAUUGUGACUGUUCGUUUUAGCAACCAUCACCGUGACUCGGAAUUACCACUGCCAGCUGAUAAAGUGAAAGCAUUCUACAAAGCUCUGAAAAACUUUCAUGAGCUACUAAGCCAUCCAAAGAAUUUGAUGAAAAGGAAGACGACUUCAGGCGAGAUAGUCUGUUUAAACAAUCUGAGAUGUCUGCAUGGCCGUACAAGCUACAUGGUCCAGCCAGGUGAAACCAGUUCCAGGCUCGUCAAAGGGUGUUUUUUGAGUUGGCAAGAUGUGGAGUCCAGGCAACGUGUUCUCGUUGGUAUGCGCGAAAAAUACACAAAUGGUAUAAAAGUUUAAUCGACAAUGAAUUAUAUAUAUAUAUAUACUAUUUUUUUUACCUCGAUGAUAAAGGCCACAGGUUCGAGUCCCGCCAGAGGCAUUUUAUUACACAAUUUCUUUAUUCAUUUAUUUACAGGGCUACACUCGUUGAGAGCUAUGCUACGUGAUGUAUUAUUGUGUCCUUAUUCAAACACUGUAUUUACCUUCUUUCAUGAUAUAUUAUAAUAAUUUAACAGUGUUAAGGGCUGUCUUGAUUUAUAUUAUAUGUACCUAUAUUGUUUCUAGCCUUACC